AUGGCGGAGAUUGUGAUUCUUCUAGCCAUUAAAAAGAUUGGAACCGCCUUGGCAAAUGGAGUGGCAGACCAGGCCAGCACGUUGUUUGCGAAGAACGGGAAGCAAAUAUUAGCGCUACAGGGCAGCAUGGGUCGUGUUGCGAGGGAGCUUCGAGUAAUGCAUGAUGUUCUCUGUCAAAUGGAUAUCCAAAACCGCAACAAUCAAGUAUAUGAGGGCUGGUUGGAGGAGGUACGGAAAGUAGCACAUGUGAUGGAGGACAUGGUGGAUGAGUACUUGUAUCUUGUUGGUCAUGAACAUGAUACGGGAUGUUGCUUUUACCUGAAGAAAGGGUUUACGAAACCAAGAUAUCUGCUUUCUUUGAACCGGAUUGCUUUCAAGGUGAAGGAAAUAGAGAAAGACCUAACACACCUGUCUGAGACAAAAAAUCGUUGA